CCGAAACAACAACACUCCCAUCCCACCUACAAAAGAACACACGUCCAACGCAACCAAUAGCACGAUGUCAACCGCGGACUCGAGCGACACGCAGGACGAGAAGGUGGCGCAAUUUACGGCGAUCACCGGCGCGAGUCCCACAGUUGCACAAAACGCGCUUGGCGCAUCUAACUGGGACCUUGAGGCUGCCGUCAGCCUCUUCUUCGCUGCCGGCGACGAGCAAGCCUCUGCCGACGAAGACGACGACGACGAACCUCCACCGACCGCCAACCCACGCCGCAAUGUAGACGCUGCACCCGCAACCAACAAAUCGGGCAGCAGUAGGAAGCCCAAGGGUCCCACGACCCUGCGCGACUUGCAAGGUGGCGGGGAUGCAUCCUCAGAUGAUGACAAGAAGCGCGACUUGUUCGCUGGUGGUGAGAAGAGUGGGCUCGCAGUCACAGAUCCAAAUCAGGGCGACGGCCCAGUCGAUCACUUCCGUAACAUCAUGAACCAGGCGCGCUCGAACCGCGACCGCCCUGGUGCGGCAGGCGAGGAAGACGAGGAACCACGAAGUAGCCACUUUAUGGGACGUGCGCAGACAUUGGGAGGCGACGAUGCUCCUAGUCGAGUUAUCGAGGAUCCAAACGCUGUUCGAGGGCAACCACCUCCUCGAGUCACUCGCACUCUCCACCUGUGGGCAGACGGUGUGAGCAUCGAUGACGGACCACUUUUGCGCUUCGACGACCACGCGAACGAGCAUAUUAUGACCGAAAUCAACCAAGGCCGAGCACCUAAGGCACUGCUCGAUGUCCAACCUGACCAAGAGGUUGAUCUGAACCUGGAUCCACACAAGGGCGAGAACUACGUCGCGCCAAAGCCCAAGUACAAGCCAUUUGGCGGGUCAGGACAGCGUCUCGGUUCCCCCACACCAGCUCUCGCAUCGUCUUCCGCAGCAUCGGCAUCAACAUCAAGAGCACCCGCUGCUGCUGCCUCGUCGCAGGCGAAGCCAGAGGAGAUGACUGUCGAUGAGUCGCAACCAACUCUCCAAUUGCAAAUCCGACUCGGUGACGGCACUCGGCUGGCGUCGCGUUUCAACACCACCCACACGAUCGGCGACGUCUACGACUUUGUCAACCGUGCUUCGCCUGCAUCGCAGCAGCGCUCAUAUGUGCUGCAAACCACAUUCCCUUCGAAGGAGCUCGCCGACAAGUCGCAAGUUCUUGGCGACAUGUCCGACUUCAAGCGUGGUGGUGUGGUUGUGCAGAAGUGGACUUAAACGACUCACAACUCCUUCGUACCGGACCGCGUAAGACACAACGCACUACCUUCACAUCAAGGAGGCUAUUUCUGCAGCAGGGAAUAGAGUGGACGGAGGGAGGUCAUGCAGCGCUGUGAGCAUCGGAGGUCCGCAAUUGCUGCAUUUGCUUUGGCGUCUGGAGCGUUGACUAGAAGUACAAAAAGGCCUGGCUGUUGCCGCCACUAUCAGGUUUGGCGCUUAAGUCGGGGCCAUUGCAAAUGGGCGAUACCCCAAUGUGAUAUGAGUUAUAAAUGAUGCGAACGAUGCAUAGGUAGCCAUGAAAAGUUGUCUUGCGG